AUGGUACACGUAUGGGCAAUUUAUAGACAAAAACACACUAAGCCCGGCAUAAGACCAAUAAUUAUUGUGGCUAUUCGUAGCUCCGGUGUUCGUCAAUUGCGCCGGAUUUGGGACACUACCUAUAUAGUAUACAUCUAUUGCGCCGGAGCAUUUGGCAAUGACACAAACUGUCUUGGAGUCGUUUACAACGUGGCGUGUGCCGCGUUCUGCGCACUGGCCUAUCACCGGCUUUUGCGGUCGAUCGUGUCGUGUGCCCCGUUGAGUUUCACGUACGGCGAAGCCACCGUCACCACCCAGGCCUUGCUACUAUUCGCCGUCGCUUCCGGCACCAAUAUGUUAGCGCCAUACCGACAGCAAACGUGCUUCGACGUGUUCACGCUAAUCCUACAGUUUGGAAUCGUCGGCAUUUCCGCAUUCGCCCUGAUAGUGUACAACGUGGAAACGCUACGUAUAUCACCUGGACGGUUUUACACGACGUUUGUCGUAGUUGUUUCUGCCACGAUAAUGUUACCACUACAUAUCAUCUUAAACGGUAGUCCUAUAUUGAAAAUCUUUCAUUGGGUCACUAGGGACCGGCACACGACGAUACUGUUAUUGUACUGGGCUGGCUGUACGGCGUUCGCCAUUGUUUUCGUGUGCAUGCAAAUAAUAAGCGACGCUAAAGCGUCAACGUCGAUUAGGAAGUACUUCCAUCUAGUCGCUUGCCUUGUGUACGCUCCGGGUCUUGUUCGUGAUCCUUGUCUGUUGUACUUGGCCAGUGGUGUGGUUUUUGCCGGUUUCAUAUUUAUAGAGACUCUGCGCAUUGCCAAAAUGCCGCCACUAGGCAUGGUUCUUCAAGAAGGUUUUCGUGUAUACUCGGAUGAGAAGGACGAAGGACCUGUGGCGUUCACUCCGAUUUACUUGCUCGUAGGGUGCUCUCUGCCCCUUUGGAUCCACCCGCAACCUGACUUCAGGAGUCUGUUACCACUGCUGGCUGGUGUUUUAUCCAUAGGAAUUGGAGAUACAGCCGCUAGUGUAAUAGGCUCACGUAUAGGACGUCAUAAGUGGAAAGGUUUAAUAUGUGAUACUAAUCUGAUUAAACCGCUACUAGGAGUUGGUUUAGUAACUUUCGUCGAAGCAAAAACUGAACAAGUUGAUAAUUUAGCAUUGCCUAUUUUGUUGUAUACGUUUCUAUUGCAUUGUUAA